AUGGGAUUGUUUGGAAGCAAAGGGGAGCUUGUAACCGCCAACAAGGUUGAAGUAGCGGCUGCACACAAGGGCUACUAUCGGCACGAAGACAAGAACCCUCUGGUGUGUGACCAUUGCAAGAAGCCUGGUCACUUCAAGAGCCGGUGUUGGAUACUCCAUCCACAUCUUAGAGCCAACCGACCCAUGAACAACUGUGGAGGGCCAAGAGCACAUCAAGUGACCGUAGAGCCAUCGACUGCUGAACCAAACCAGCGAGCCUCUGAUGUGAAUGGAACUGCCCUUGCUGCUACUUCAGACUUAGUGAGGAAGUCUGACCUUGAUGCUCUCAUUAAAGCUCUCAAAGACGCCUCUGGUAACUCCUAUCUUGCUUUAAAUCAAACUAAACCGCUUAUAGUCGAUUCCGGUGCUUCACACCAUAUGAUUAGUGACUCUAAGCUAAUAAGUGAACUUAAACCGGCUGUUGGGAAUGUGAUUAUAGCUAAUGGUGAGAAAGUACCAGUCAAGGGAAUUGGUGACUUAAAAUUAUUUGAUAAGACAACAAAAGCGUUUUACAUGCCUAGUUUUACCUCAAAAUUAUUAUCUGUUAAGAGAGCCACUACCGACUUAAAUUGUUAUGCUAUAUUUGGUCCUAACAAUGUGCAUUUUCAGGAUAUUGAGACCAGCCAAGUUCUUGGACAAGGAGUCUCUAAGGAUGACUUAUAUGUUCUUGAAGACUUAAAUCUAUCUUCUUCUAAUGCCUCUUGUUUUAGUUCAGUUUUUAUUAAGGCAAACAAUGCUAUGUGGCAUGCUAGAUUAGGACAUCCUCAUUCUCGCGCUUUAGAAAUUAUGUUUCCAAAUAGGGUUUUUGAAGCUUUUCUUAGUUUUCAAAAUUAUGUGACUAACCAUUACAAUGCUAAGAUUAAAAUCUUAAGGUCGGAUAAUGGCGGCGAAUAUACUAGUCAUGCCAUCAAACAACACUUGAUCAAUCACGACAUUAUUCAUAAAACUAGCUGUCCAUACACUCCCCAACAAAAUGGUGUGGCUGAACGCAAGAAUAGACAUCCCAUGGAAGUAGCCCGGUCCAUGAUGUUUCACACAAAUGUCCCAAGGCGAUUUUGGGGAGAUGCGGUCCUUGCGAUAUGCUAUCUUAUUAACCGCAUUCCCACUAAGAUCUUACAAGACGUCUCUCCAUUUGAGGUGAAUUACGAGACAAACUUGAGGCUAAAAGCACUAAAGCAAUGUUCAUUGGGGUACUUCAGCAAGAAAAAUUGGGAAGACCUCGGAGACCUAUCGACCUCCUCAUCAGAUCGGGCAAUUAACCUCCGUAUCAUCCUCGAACAACUAGGGGCCACAAAUGAUCGGGACGCGCAUCAUUCUCCCGGGCCGAACUCACCAGAAGGGCCUCAGCCACCUUUAGAGAGCAUCUCUAGUGAGUCUACCGAACCUGGCCCUCAGACAGAUCAAGCCAACCAGUCGAAUGAUGAAGAGACUGACUCGUAG